UGCGGCAUCAUUGCUUUCCUACGUUUGGCGCGGUUCUUUUCUUUAAGCGGGUAUGAGAGGAUGUAGGAAAUAACAAUAAUAUUAGCACCUUGGCUGAGCGAUAUGGUUAAACGCAAGCGUGACGGUUCUUCAAGUCCGCUAUCAGAAUCUGAACUGGACUCAGCCCCUCCGCGUCCUCCACCAUCGCCUCCUCUGCAACUGCCACGUUUGGAGAAACCGCUGCGCCAGGCCUUCUACAACACAGGAGCUCUGGUGCUGGUGGGGCUAUGCUGUGGGGUGGGAGUGCUAAUUUAUUUCAUCCUCGAGGCGUUUCUGCGCCCAUUACUGUGGGCUGUUCUAUGCGGCACCUUUUUGCACCCGUUCAAGAGUUCCCUCACGGUGUUUGGCCGUGGCUGGCUGCGUCGCCUUCGCCAUUCCAGCACCCCGGUCUUUUUGGCUACUUUCUUAUUGCCGCUGUCUUUUGCUAAUACGGCCGCCGAAGCAUUGGAUAAUGAGAUCGUGCGGCGCCGUCGGCUGCUUCUCCUUUUGAGUGCCGGAAGUCCCAUUUUGUAUGGACUAUACUGCGUCGGUACUUCCUAUGGAGUCCAGGUCGCUCUUGCGUACGCCGCCCGCCUCAUUUGCCGAGGGCUAGACUAUUUCAGUAGCCGUUGGAUAUGGACCUUAAUAGCAGGCUAUCUGUUGACUGUGUUAUUCAAAUGGAACCAAAGCACUGAGCGUUACCUGAGAGCAAUCUCAGUUCCUGUCUGGAUUGUGCUGCUCUUUCAUUUGGCUUCUACAGCAGGAUCUUGGAGAAUUCCGGUGGUUGUGCUUUUAAUUGUCUUAAUGACUGUAGGUUUGCUUCAUGAGCAAUCAAAUGGAAAAUGGCCUCCAGAGGCACAACUUCCUGGUCAGAUAAUUUCCAUUGCAGCAUCUGCAGUCACCAUGGUAAUCUCGGUUACAGCUUAUGAAUCAGAUAAUGAAGAUCAUCCAUUACAAACUUCAGGAAUUAUAGAAAGUGAUGAUCCCUCAUCAGCUUCAUCCAAAGAGAAGAGCAGGCAGAGACCUGAGAUUGGAGCACUUCCUAAAAAGAAGAAAGCCAGUGACAUCUAUUUUGUUCUGCUUGCAUGGAGCAUUGUAAUAGUCCAGAUCUGGUUUAAUUUCUGGAUAAUUCAAUUGCUGCCCUUACCUUUUGCAGUGUGGGUUGUAAAAAAACUUCUGGUCCAUUUUGGAAUAGUGCAAUUCUCACUAAUUUACUGCAAUACCUACUGGCAUGUUCUGGAAGACUUUGUGAGACAACGUCAAGAAGUUCUUGUACCACGACCAGUUAAGGGGCUUGGAAGAAUUAUUCUAAAAUUAGACAGAAAGAUGAUCGUGUGGUUGGAAAAAAUUCUAGAUAAAAUCAUUAGCAUAUUCAUUAUAUUUGUGUUAGUGAUAGGCACCGUACUGCUUGCUCUGCUCCUUACAGCAAAGGUUCAUCAGGAAGGUGUGCAUAUGAUUGAGGUAACAAGCAGGUUGAUUAAUGAAACAUUAGCCAGUCACCCAGAAUGGGCCAACUGGCUUCCUGAAGCACAGGUAAUUCAGAAGGCUUUGAAUUCAGCUGCUACUAAUGUUUAUCAGUAUGGUCGAGAAUGGAUAACGCAUAAGCUUGAUAAAAUAUUAGGAGAAAAAGUAAAUACCACUGUUGUGAUUGAAAAACGAGUUCUGGAGCUUUGGGACAGACUAUAUCAUUCUUGGUUUGUGAAAAAUGCAACUCAUUCUGGACAACAAAAAAGUCACAAAAAGCAUUUAAACCAUGAGCAUAAUUGGGCAAGUGACAUGCUUGAUUGGCAAGAUGUUGUUUCUUUUGUUCAUGAGAAUAUUGAAACAUUUCUUUCGAUCCUAGAAUCUCUCUGGAUAGUGAUGAGUCAUAAUGUUAGCCUGGUUUUCACCACUGUUACAACUUUAGUAACAGUCCUUUUCCACAGUGGCACUGCAGUUCUUAAUUUUGUUCUUUCGCUGGUGAUUUUCCUGACCACAUUAUUCUACCUUUUAAGUUCCAGUGAUGAAUACUAUAAGCCAGUGAAGUGGGUGAUCAACUUGAUCCCCUUGUCACAGUCUGAUGCAUCUUCAAAUAUAGUCAGCCAAUCUGUAGAGGAAGCCAUAAGAGGGGUAUUUGAUGCAUCUCUCAAAAUGGCUGGGUUCUAUGGGCUAUAUACCUGGCUGACUCAUACCAUCUUUGGGAUUAACAUUGUCUUCAUACCCUCAGCACUGGCUGCUAUACUUGGAGUGGUUCCAUUUUUGGGAACAUACUGGGCAACCAUACCUGCAGUCCUAGAUCUUUGGCUCGUACAAGGAAAAGGCUAUAAAGCUAUGUUCCUCUUCAUUUGUCAUCUAUUGCCAACUUAUUUUGUAGAUACAGCAAUCUAUUUGGAUAUAUCUGGAGGAAGUCAUCCUUAUCUGACAGGACUUGCUAUUGCUGGUGGAACAUAUUACCUAGGACUAGAAGGAGCCAUCAUAGGACCCAUCCUCCUUUGUAUUUUUAUGGGUGCCUCUAAUAUCUACAGUGCUAUGCUUGUGAGCCCAACAAAUUCAUUGCCCACUCUAUCACAGAUGCCACAGAUACACCGGUAAACAUUCAUUCAUCCAUUCAUUAGAUUAAUAUCUAGUCAUUAGAUUUAUUUACUCAGUAGUUUAUUUAGUUUAUUUACAUUAACACUCAUGUUAAAGCAUGCAUUAAUACAAUAAUAGAUAUAUAGUAGGUAUGUGGAGAUAUACAUAUACAUAUAGU